AUAUUUAGGAGCAUCCCCUGACGGAAUUAUUUCCGAGGAUGAAAUCGUGGAAGUAAAAUGCUCAUUCAAAGUUGCAACGAUGAAAAAAUCUUUAAAAGAAGCGCUUGAGAGCAAAGAAGUGCAGUAUCUGACUCAUAAUGGAAAUAGGGAUAUUGGUUUAAAGAAGACACACAACUAUUAUUACCAAAUUCAGGGACAGCUCGCCAUAACGAACGUCAAAAAAUGUUUCUUUAUUGUUUAUUCGGGUGACGAUAACGAAUUGUUUGUUGAGGAAAUUUUAAAGGACAGCCAUUUAUGGAACGGCACUAUGCUGCCAAAAUUAAUGCGGUUUUAUUUAGAUUGUGUUGCACCUGAAAUUAUACUUAACAGACGAGGGCAAAACUUGAAAUGUGUCGAUCCACAAUAUAUCCUGGAUGCACAGAAGGAGCAGAAACAAAAACAAACACAGAAGCAGAAGCGAACGCAGAAGCAGUCACAGAAACAGAAGUAAAAGACAAAAAGGACAGAUGAAAGGAAAUAAAAAAUAGCAGCCAGUGAGGCGAUUGAAACCUCGCCAAUCGCACCGAUCAAUGUAUUACAUGUUGAACUUUUAACGUGCGACAACGAUGUAUUUUAGACUUGGCAACAACGUAGAGUUGAGUGUAGUAUGAUAUGUGUUGUACGAUGUCAUGUCAUGAAUGUAUAUUUGUUUUAAGGCAAAAUAAAGAUACAAUUUAUCGACAAAGAGCGAGUGUGUAAUUAAAACUAACGCAAUUUUCAAGAUUACACGGGUAUUAUUUAAAUGUUUAAAAAAUGUCCAUUUGACGGUAUUUAAUAAUAGGUACCUAGAAUGUGUUAGAAUUUAGUGCAAACAAUUAAAAGAAAAAUUGUACAAUGUGCGCCUACUGUAAUUUUUAUAAUGUGUACUUAUUUUUAGUAACUGUCCUUAGUCACGUUGUCAGUAGAAACCAAGUUGUUUUGUCA